AGGAAACUAUCUUGAACCAUGACUUACGACUAGGAGGAGCACAUCGCCACUGCCAGUCCACUGUCUGUUGUCCCUGCAUCCAUUUUUGAUAUCCAAUGCGUCAAACAUACCGAUGGAAAGAAUACUCAGGUCAUGUACAAGACAAUGUUCACCUGUUCCUGGCGUUCGAGCGGCACCGUCUACAUGCCCCCCGUGCUUGCCUCUAGCAUCCCGUCACUAUGUGUGCCGGAGCGGUAGUAAUAAUCAGUCUAGGCGUUGCACACCUGCACCGCACAGAAGAGCUCUCUACAACAUUCGCAGCCCGGAUACUGCCCUUAACAAGAGCGACUACGGGUUGAUGCUGCCGUCGUUGUUAACAGCAAGCCCUAUAUCCUUUCUGCAUCCUACAUCGGAAGCGCCCUCUGUAUCGCUGGCAAUAGCUGCCUUCUUUGGAUUGCCUGCAGCGCUCUGGGCGUACAAGUGCCUCAUGAUGGUAGUCUUUCAACGAAAAAUUAUCUACAUGGGAUACGCACCGCCUGGUGCAAGAACAGAAAGCCUUGGCGCCGAUGUACCUAUGCCAAAGGGUUUAACGUGUGAGGAGUUGCACCUGGAAAGCGAGAAGGGCAUCACCUUGUAUGGGAUCGAUGUCCGCAAAGACGUCAAGCAAACAACACCGUAUGCCCGCAAGGUCGUCGUCGUAUAUCUACAAGGUAAUGCCGGAAACUCCUUAGCCCGGCUUCCUGUCUUUGAGACGUUGCUGCACGGCAUACGACCGCCAUCUAAACCUUCGACACAACCAGCCCUCGAUGUCUCCAUUGUAGCAGUAGCACCUCGCUCCUACUGGAAGUCAUCCUCCCGCACCCCGACACAGCGUGGCAUCCUCGCAGACUACACCGCAGCCCUCUCCUACGCCACCCGCCGCUAUCCCGACUCUACCGUCGUCCUGUACGGCCACUCGCUAGGCGGCGCGGUCGCCGUCUGCCUCGCUGCCUCGCUGAGCGCGGAUGACUACCCCUCCGUCAAGGGUCUCAUACUCGAGAACCCGUUCUCUUCCAUCGGCGGCAUGGUGCAGGCUCUGUAUCCCCAACGAUGGCUCCCAUAUCGCUACCUGGCGCCGCUCGCAUUCGACAAAUGGGACGCAGUCACUGCUGUCCGCGAGACGCGCCCGCAGUCCCUCCUCGCGCGACUGUCGAAGGACACGCUCGUCUUGCUCAGCGAGAAGGACGAAGUGGUGCCGACCUCAAUGGGCAUGGAGCUGUACGCGGCCCUUCAGGAGAAACUGGCAGCAGACGCAGGAGAUGCCUCCGCAACCAACGGCUUGUGCCGACAAGUCGUCAUCCGCGGCGCGCUACAUGAACGCGCCUGGCUUGAACGGCAGUGGGUCUCGGAGAUGGGAGCCUAUAUGGAUAGCAUCUCAAAAUGCGACAAGGUGUCAUGAUGAUACUGCUACAAUUUGACUACAAUCGACAAUUUGUUGUAUCCGAUAGUCCAUGAGAAUAGAACACGAUGAGUGGGUGAUAAUGUUACAAUGGUGUUUACAGACAACGUAUGCUCGAGUCAACAGCGGAAAAAUCCACGAACAGGCAUAUCAGAGCGAUCCUGCCCAUUGAGCGAGAGGAGCAAGGCGAGGAUUGGUCUUGAGAUUGUGGAAGGGAGCGAAGUAGCUAUAGACUUGCUGACAGAAGGACGUGUACUUUGCACGCUCUUCAGAGUCUGUUGGUAGCGACUGUUCCGAUGUCA